AUUAUUUCUUUACAAAUUUUGUUUACUUAUAUUUAUUUUAAAAUAUUUGCACCAUUAAAAUCUUAUAAAUAAUAUUAAUAUUCUAAUCUUUAUUUAAAAAAAAGAAUCAAAAUAAUUGAUACUAUAAAAAUUAGGUUAAAAUAUUUUUUAUUAUAUAGGGCUGUAAUUUUAGUUUUAAAUAAUUAUGACUUUAUUUAUUCAUACGCUUAGACAUUAUUUUUAUAAUAACCUCUGCACUCGACUAUUUUGGUGGAGAACUAAACAAUCACAUGGAGUGUAUGACAUAGUAAGUUUAGGUAAUAUAAGUCCACCAAGAAUUGUUCCACAAUAUGUGACACUACCUUCAUAUGCAGAAACUGGAGAAGUUUUUGAUGAACCUGAUUAUAAUAGUCCUCCAGAAAUAAAAUCAGGAGGUCAAAUUUUAAUGAUGAGACAAAGUUGUAAAUUAGCUAAAUUUGUUUUGGAUAGUACUCGAAGCCUAAUGAAAGUUGGCAUUACAACAGAUGAAAUUGAUCAGUUUGCCCAUAAUCUAAUAAUUGACAAUAAUGCAUAUCCGUCACCUCUUAAUUACAAAGGAUUUUUGAAAUCUAUAUGUACUUCUAUAAAUAAUGUAGUAUGUCAUGGCAUACCUGAUGAUCGACCAUUGCAAAAUGGUGAUAUUAUAUCUGUUGAUGUUUCUGUUUAUUUAAAUGGAUUUCAUGGAGAUUGUGCUGCAACAUAUUGCAUUGGAGAAGUCGAUAAAUAUGGUAAAAAGUUAUUAAGUAUAGCUGAACAAUGUAUGUAUAGUGGUAUAAGUGUUUGUGAACCUGGUAGAAGUUUUUCAGAUAUUGGGAAGGCCAUAGAAAUGCAUGCAAUUAAAAAUGAUCAUCGUGUUGUUUCUUGUAUUACUGGUCAUGGUAUAGGUACAUAUUUUCAUGGUCCUCCUACAAUAUUUCAUACAACAUUAAAUAAAUUCUCUGGUGUAAUGAAACCUGGUAUGAUUUUUACUGUUGAACCUGUAAUUGUACAAGGAACUGAAAAUGUAGAAUUUUUAGAUGAUGGUUGGAGCAUUGUAACAGCUGAUGAUUCUAGAGGAGCACAAUUUGAACAUACUAUUUUGAUAACAGAUACGGGAUAUGAAAUUCUAACUCUUUAAAUAAUUUUUAAUUUAUUUAAUAUUAUCUAAAGGUCUACAUAGAUGACUAAAUACAAUAAACUCUAAGUUAUUUUUAAUGUUUUAAGCUAUGUAUGUUAUAUUCAACUGAAUAUGUUUAAUCUCUAUUGUAAGAAUUAAUAUAUUUAUUUUAUAUCUCAAA